UAAUGUUUGGAAACGGGCAUAAGAAUCAAUCAUAGUUCGCAGCCCAAUUCUGAAUACCGUAGAAGCAGCAAUGACGACUAGUUUGUACAUCAAUAAUUUACACUUGUACCAACACUCUUACAUUCCCAUCUCUGUAACGCCCCAAUUUCGGCCUCCUCCUAAAGCUACCAUCUUUUCGAGAGCUUCAAACCUUCAUUGGACACCAAAUUCCAGAACGAAACUCGCUGUUAGAGCAUCCAUGGCUUCAACUCCAUCGACAGCUGAGACAGAGGCAGAGACAAUUAAACCCUUUUCCGUUCUCUUUGUUUGUCUUGGAAACAUCUGCAGGAGCCCAGCUGCUGAGGGCGUCUUCACGGAUUUAGUUACCAAGAAAGGCCUCAAUUCCAAAUUUAUGAUUGAUUCUGCUGGUACCAUUAAUUACCAUGAGGGUAAUCAAGCUGAUCCAAGAAUGAGAGCGACUGCUAAAAGUCGUGGAAUCCUAAUAACCUCACUGUCGAGGCCUAUUAGACCGUCUGAUUUCAGAGAUUUCGAUCUUAUUCUUGCCAUGGACAAGCAAAAUAGAGAGGAUAUACUUGGUGCUCUAGAGAGGUGGAGAUUUAAAGAGACUCUACCUCCCGAUGCUCACAAGAAGGUUCGCUUGAUGUGUUCGUAUUGUAAGAAGCAUUCUGAAACUGAGGUUCCAGAUCCUUAUUAUGGUGGACAAAAGGGUUUUGAGAAGGUAUUGGAUUUACUUGAGGAUGCUUGUGAUUCAUUGCUGGAGAAUAUUUUGGCAGAGAAAUUUGGCCAAAAAGAUUCAUAAGAUUGGUUUGAUUAUAGACCAAUGAAUAUGGCAUUAUUUCAAGUAAUUUAUAAUAGUGGAUUGAUGAUUUCUUCCCACUUUACCCAUGUGUAUGAAUGAGUAUUCAAUGUUAUAUGAAUGAUUAUCAAAUAUACAAGACUGAUGUUUUUGCCUUACUUUUCA